AUGAUGUCUGUUACUUGUGAUCAGCAGCAUUGGUUUCGCAUAAUAGUGAGUGAACUUCGUAACAAGGAAAAUGUGCUGCUUUCUUUCAUCAACUGCCUAACACUGGGCUGCCACAAUGUUCACAGGCGUGUGCAGAUCAGGAAUGAAUUCCUUGGUCGUGGGCUUGGACCAAUCCUGAGUUCACUAAGUGCAACUGAUGAUAAGGAGCUACAUAUGCAAUAUUCGGCAUUCAUUGAUUACCAACACAGAGAUGAGAUGGAACUAGAAUCAACAAAACAACUAACUCAUCAUCAGUUGCUUGAAACAAUAUUCGAAAAGAUAGCAGAUUCACCACAUGCUGUCAGGUUCUACUCCAUGCUACAAAACCUUGCACAGCUAGAUCCAACAAAUCAAAAUGUUACAAGCACAGUGUCUACGCAGACUGAGGUGGAAUAUACCAGAGAAGUAAAGCAACUUUGUGAUAAUGAGAAACAGCAUCAGUUGUCACCAUCAGAAGCAAAACUGUCAUUUCCAGCACCACCUCCUCUUCCACCUCCUCCACCUUGUCUGCCACUGCCACCUAUUUCAGUGGUGUCAUCAGCUAUUCCAUCAGCUUCAGGGGUGCUAUCACCUUCAUCACUUGCAGGUGAAUCAGUAUGGACUGAAAUGCAGAGCGAAGCAAAGAGUCUUAGAGUGGAUUUCAAGCAAAUGGAAGAACUGUUCCGUCAGAAAACUGCUACUGUGAAACAUCGAAAGUCUUCUCCAGCAACACUUCCAUCACCAAUAACUUCCAAGACCACUUUAUUGGAAACCAAGAGAGAUUUGGCAGUAAACAUUUAUCUAAAACAGUUCAAAUUGGGAGGAAAAGUAGUCAUAGAAGUUAUAAAGAACCUUAAAGGAGGUGAUAUAGGUCCUGAGAAACUGAAAGCUCUCUUGCCACUACUUCCCACAGAAAAAGAGAAAGAAGAGUUUCCUUCAAGAAUAUCUGAACUGAAAGAACAACUAAAGGCUGUUGCAGAUGCAUGCAAUAUGCUGAAGGCUAAUAAACGUUUGAAAGAAUUUCUAGCACUAGUACUUCAACUUGGAAACUACAUAAAUGCUGGAAGCUAUGCGGGCAAUGCAGCAGGCUUUACACUCAGUACACUACCAAAGCUCCUAGAAAUAAAAGCAAACAUAUCAAGGCUGACAUUCUUGCACUAUAUGGUAGACGUUGCAGAAGCUAACAAUAAGGAAAUAUUACAAUUCACAGAAGAUGCGAGUAACAUGAAAGAAAUGGCAAGGAUAUCAGUGGAGUUGCUCCAGGAAGAAGUGACGAAAGCUAUCAGCGAUGUCAAACAUGUUGCAUCACAGCUGAAGAACGAUACAAGUGGAAUCAUGUCACAGUUCAAAGAUUUCUUUAAGGCUGCUUUGAAAUGCAGUAAUGAACUUCAGCAGGCUAUGAAUAAGGAAAGUUGGAAAAACAAGGUACAUCAGUGGAGAUUGGAACAUUUGGAUCAACCAGUGCUUAAGAAGAUCCGUUUUGCACCCUUACUGGGACAAACUUUGGAUGAGUUCAUUAAACCACCUGCCCUGCAGAAUGGAUUCAGGAGAAUUGGACUUGUUCCAUGGAAUCCAGAGGCUGUAGACUACUCAAAAAUUCCAUCAAAUACAGGAAAACAAGGGAAAAGAAGAUUAAGAGGCAGACUUCCAAGUGUUGUGACAUCCAACCAGUGGCAGGAAUAUCAUCAUAAGAAGGAACAACUGAAGCUACAAAUAGAAAGACUAAAAGCUGAGAGAGCAGAAGCACGAAAACUGAAGAAAGAACAGUCUGAGAUUGCUAAGAAACUCAAGAAGCAAACUAAAGCAGAGAAUUGUAGAAAGCCAAAAGUGCACAAGAAAAGAACAAUUUCAGUAUCCUCAGAUUCUGAAGAUGAAGAAUGGAGUGAGUCAGGCAGCAGUGUGGAUGACAUUAGUAUGCUCCCUGAUAGUGAUUUGCAGACAUCUGAUGGCAAGGAAGACGACAAUUCUGAUCAAAUAAAUAUAACAGAAAAAGAAACAGCAAACAAAGAAGAAAAUAUGAAUAAAUUUUAUAAAAAUGGUGAAUUUCUUCUUGUUUCUUUUCCUGAAAAGAAGAGUUAUUUCAUAUAUGUUUGUAUUGUUCAGUGUGCGUUUGAGGAUGGUGAAAUAGAAGUAAUGGCUCUAAAAUCUUGCAACUGUCAGAAGAAAGUUUUUUAUGUUGAUGAAAAUGAUGUUAGUGUUAUUAGCCCAUCACAGGUUAUUGACAAGCUUCCUUUACUACUCUCAAAUAUCACUAAUGAAUAUUUGAAAUAUGAAUUCCAAAACAGUAUUGACUGUGAUGUGUAG